UGAUAAGCCAAGGGAGCAAAAAAAAGGAUAGCCGAUAAUCUAACCGAAACCGAAUAAAGUUACUGAGUGUCCGUUCGGUGUGGGUUGUUGCUCUUAAAUAACGGAGAUAAUGAAUUCGGCUAAGAAGGCGGUUCAGCUGCUGCAGCUAAGUUCACGGCAAUUAUCGACAUCACAGCUGACGAGGAAAGCCACAACCGGCGCUCCGUUAGAUAAUGUGCAUCCAGGAUACAAAAAGCUGAAGGCGAAACAGGAAAAAUUUCAGGUUAAUGAUGGCCUUCCCGUUUUUCUCAAAGGUGGAAUUGUGGACAAAGUACUGUACCAUACAACAUUGGGACUUUGUGCUGUUGGACUUGGCAUGACCUUCAAAUUUUAUUAUGAUAUGGCAGUGCCUAGAAAGUAGAUGUAUUAGUUCUUUGUGUAAAUGGGAGAGGUAGUUAGUGCAGGCAGAUUCUCAUUUCUGUAAGUUAUUGCAGGUGACUGUACAAAUCUGUAAAUUGCAUUUAAUAAAUACUGAGAAGUACUUAGUGUUUACAGUGAAUUGUUACAAAGAUUAUUAACAUUGUUUAUUUUCUGUUUAUUCUUAAUUUGAAUGUCAUAUCUUAAAUAAAUCUCAUUGCUUGUUAAAAGUGCAUUAAUGUGAUGGUUUCUGUUAACUGGCAACGGAGAUGCAGACUUGGAACUUCACAUCAGUCCAGCAUACAGUUUUAAAUCUGUAUGACUGUAAUGACUUAAUAUGUUUCUGUUUUAUGUAUAUGUAACAAUUGAGUAAAGAGAAGAAACAUUAUCUGAGAUAAAA